AUGUCUGAAAUCCUGGCCAGGAUACCUCAAACAACAGGAGCACUCAUGCAACUUAAGCCCAUCUGGAAUGACAACAACACCACCCUUAGUUCCAAAGCUGCUGUAGUUGCCAACAAGUUAAGUGGUCUGUACAAUAAUACAUCAACAUGUUUCCCUAAAAAGGACAAUGCAGAUGAUGCAGAGGCAAAGAAGAGUGAAGAACAUAACACCUUGUUUCAGGGAAACAAGCUGCUAUCUUUCUAUGAUGUACAAGAAGAAAUAGGGAGGGGAUCUUUUAGUUAUACUAGAAAGGUAAUAAACAAAGAAAAUAGAGUUGCCUGUGCUGCCAGAUUCAUCCCUCUCAAAUCCAGCACCAAACAGCAAGCCUACCAAGAGUGGAGAAUUUUGUCCCAACUGAGUCAUCCCAAGAUUGCAAGCUUACUUGAUGCUUUUGAUACUAAACGGACCCUUGUGCUUGUCAUGGAACUAUGUUCAGGUCGAGAUAUUUUAGACCAUUUGCUUUCCAAAGACUUUGUUACGGAAACUCAGAUUCAGAUAUAUGUUCAGCAGAUACUGGAAGGAAUUGAGUAUAUCCAUCAAAAAAAUAUUUUGCAUCUUGAUAUUAAGCCAGCCAAUAUUGCUAUGGCUGAACCAGGGAGUGAAGAAAUUAAAAUUUGUGACUUUGGAUUUGCCAAAGAAAUUGAUACUUCAUCAUCACAGUAUAGUCAGUUUGGAACUCCUGAAUUUGUAGCACCUGAAAUUGCCUUUCAAUCCCCUGUAUCUAAAGCAACAGAUAUCUGGUCCAUUGGAGUUUUAACUUAUUUAUGCCUGACAUGUGAUGUUCCAUUUUCUGGAAAGAAUGACCAUGCUACUUUAUUGUCUGUACAAGAAGGAAAGAUUUCCUGGGACUCUCCUGAUAUCACUUCAAUAAGUCCAAAGGCUCAAGAUUUUUUGAAGAAAACAUUGCAAGUGACUGCUGUGAAACGUCCAGCUGCUUCACAGUGUCUGAGGCAUGAAUGGUUUAAGAGUUGCCAAGAUGUUUUGAUGGGUAAAGAAAUCAAUAUAAAGAAACUGCAACAUUUUGUGUUAAGAAACAGAGGGCAGGAUUCUUUCGUGGGCUUCAAGUCUAUUCCACUAAUGAGGUCCAUUGCUGAAAUUCUUGAUGAAUCAUCUACUAGUACUAAUCUUAUUUUCUCACAAUACAAUAUGGAAGACAAAAAAUCCUUGCCAAGUGCAUCUUCUUCUUAUCAAGAAGAAAGCAGCAUUUCAAAACAAACUGCAAAUGUUCUUUCAUCUACUAUGGACCCUGUGAGUUCUGCCAAUAUCUGGGUUAAAGAGGAAGAAACUCCAGUGUUAAACGAUAUCUGGCAUGAGUCAGCAUUAGCUACAAAGGACUCCGCUUCGGAUUUAAAUGUAAGCUCAUCAGUUAAAAAUACUUAUCAACUAGAAAACACACAGAAAGAAGAGGAGAUGUUACUUGAACAAGGUGAAACCAUUGCCCAAAAGCAAUUUGGUGUAACUGGAGGAGAUGCUAGAGAUGAAAGUGAUCCGGUUGUACAUAAAAAAGCUCCAUGCAGUGACAUCCAAAGUGAUUCGUCAGCUGUUACAAUGAAUUCAUUACACAUUUCCAAAGACGAGAACAAGGAAGCAGUGCAUUUUACAAAAAUUCCCAGACACAGUGUUAUUAAAAGCACAUUCUACAAUAAAUCAACAGAAAGUUCCCCUGUGUCAACUAGGCAUUGCUUACAGCAAAAUAAAGCUAGGAGGCAGCUAAUGAAAGCUGACUACUCAAGUGGAAUACUCAGUGGCCUUAGGGAACCUCUUUUAGAGCACUUCAACAUAAAUGAAGAAAGGACCAUGCAUCAUGGUUACAGAAGUAAUUCGUUAAAUAUGCUUGCUGCAAUUUCUAAAUCUAGUACUGUUGAUAAUGAGCAAAGGAUGUUUCAAUCAAGAUUAAUUAAUUCCCGGAGAAGUCAAUCAUUAGAUUUCUUUGAGAAAAAGACACAUUUACCACCAAUAAGUGAAACCAGAACAGAGGAAUAUAUAGAUACCUGUUUAGAUAAACCUGAAGAGGAUUUUGAGUCUGAUGACAAUUCUAAGGAAAGAAUAGUUUCAAGUAUCUGUGAUAAACAUGAUUACCACAGCUGUACAACAGUAGGUAAUGAUGAGACAUAUACAACAUCAAAUACAGGCAAUGAGGAUUUUUUGCCUGAACAGAUUAAAGUUUUUACAAGGUCCAAAUCUGUUCCAGUAGGACUAGAAACAAAAUUAGCGGAUCACAAUGGCAUUCAUGAAAACACUAUGGUGGCACUUUCACAUGAUGCAAUAGGAGAACUUCCACAUGAUAUGUUACUUAGACAUGUUUUUGCUGAACCACAAACACCAAAAUUAUCUGUAAAGGAUGUUUCUGAUUUAAUUAGUAGUCAGUAUGAUACACCAAAUAGCAUCCAUUUGUCCCUCAAGACUAUAGAAACACUUGACAACGAAAACACUGACUUUGGACUCCAGCGUACGCUCUCAGAAAGUGCCAUAAGAAAAUCUUGUGAUCUUAGUUCUUUUCAUAUUUGUGAAGAUCAGACUAGAAAACUGAACUUGUCUUUUAAACCUGAAGAUGAUUCACAUAACUCAGUCACACAUUAUCCUGCACAACCUGACAUGUUUAUGCAGUAUCCUUUAGAUAUUCUACCAAGACCAUCUGAAACACAUGCAGAAAUUGAAACUGGUGCCUCUGCUGCCUACACUGAAGAAAAUACACAAAGACCAUCAUCCCCACAUCUGUUAAUGCAAUUUCCAGAAAAUGAUAAUGAACUUGAACCUGAACUUUUAAAUCUUUUAGAGGGCACCAAAUUUUCUAUGAAUGUUUUUGACAAUGAAAACAGAAUGGCAAAAAGAAACUCAGCUGGAAAAAAUAUUAUGUCAGAGAAGUCAUACUCCCUAACUGAGGUUUCAAGUGAAUGGCUGCAUGAAGCACAACAUGAUAUGACACCUCGAUCAUGCUCUUCUCAGGAAACAAAACGGCACUCUGCUAAACUAAGCAAACAUAGUCUGUUUCGAUUGUUCAAAAAAAGUAUGUCAGUAGAUCAGCCAUCUGCAUCUCUAGAAAAAGAUUCCCCUGGCUGGAGUCAGGGACAAAGGAAAACAGGAAGCACUUCAUUGUUCAAACCAAAUCAGCAGUCUAAAUUGGUAGAUUUAUCAAUAACAAAAAAAGUGAAGGCAUCAGUAUACAACAUUUCAAGAGCAGUCUUGGGAAAACAAGUCUUUGACAAAAGUGAAGAAGCUACUGCUGAAGUAGAAAUGACCAAACAAGAGCAACAAGAACACUCAGCAACCAAUUUGGGAUCUAUCAAACAACGACCAAGUUUAUUUUCUUUUAAACUUCCCAGCUUCAAAAAACAUGCAGAACCCUCCUUUAUAGAGGAACUUCAGGAUCAGGCAGUUUACUUUGGGCAGGAAGUCACAUUAUCUUGUAAAACCUUGGGAUGUCCAACUCCUGAAAUUCGAUGGCUCAAAGAGGGCAGUCAAAUCAAAAGUAGCACGCAUAUUGAGUUGACAACAAAAGCAAAAGACACCCAAAUGUUAACAAUCUUAUCUGCAGAGGAAGAAGAUCUGGGAAGUUACAGAUGUGUGGCUUCUAACUCUUGUGGUGAAGCCUCUACCUCUUGCACUCUUAUUGUAUCAGAUCUUCCCACCAGUCCAUCUUGUCCUGAAGUCAUCCAGGUAGAUGAAGAUGGAGUUAUGCUCAUGUGGAAGCCUAUUGAAUCAAGUGAAUCUAUUACAUACAACAUACAAUACCGAGUAGAAGGAGGAGAAUGGAAUACAAUGGCAGAAAAUGUUGAAGAUAGUUGCUACACUGUUAGCAGCCUCCCGAAAGGAAUAGUCUAUUCUUUCAGAAUAGCAUGUGUAAAUAAGGCUGGCAUGGGAGCAUACAGUGAACCAUCUGCAGAAAUAACAAUUGGCGAGCACUAUGAAGACUAUCACAUUCCUCUCAUCCGGGCAAUCUCAACUGGGCCUGAGAGCAGCAGCACUCUACAAUAUCAACAUCCCCAUCUUCAAAAGCACAAGACAUAUACUUUCAUGUCUGAAAUUAACAGAGGACGCUUCAGCAUAAUACGUCAGUGCAGAGAAGAUUUAACAGAUAUCAUCUUUGCUGCCAAAAUUACUCCUUACAAAGCGGAGAGGAGACAAGCCAUUCUACAGGAGUACCACAUACUUAAAAAACUACAGCAUUCUAAUGUGGUCAAGUUGCAAGCUGCUUUCAUCACCCCUAAAUAUUUGGUCCUCAUCGAAGAACUAUGUGCAGGACGUGAAUUACUCCAUACUCUAGCUGAAAGGGACUCCUAUACUGAAAUGGAAGUGCGUGAAUUUCUUCUUCAAAUCCUGCAUGGAAUUGAGUACCUUCAUUCCAAUCAUAUCAUCCACUUGGACCUAAAGUCUGAAAACAUCAUUGUUAGUGAAAACAAUGUGUUGAAGAUUGUGGACUUCGGCUGUGCACAGGAGUUUACUCCAGGGUCAUCUUUGUUGGUAGACAAAAUUAAAGAAAUUUGUGAAAUCAAAGCUCCUGAAAUCUUGGAGGGAAAUGCAGUCGAACCAGUAACAGAUGUCUGGAGUGUGGGGUUUCUGGCUUUUGAAAUGCUAAGUGCAGACUGUCCAUUUGCUUCAGACAUUGACUGUGAGAAGGAGAAGAAUAUAAAAAAAGGAAAAGUUAAGUUCGGAAGAUGCUAUCCAGGUCUCACAGAAGGAGCAGUAAUAUUUUUAAAAAAUACCCUUAAUCAUAAACCUUGGGGAAGGCCAUCUGCAGCAGAAUGCCUAGAGCUGCCAUGGAUAAGAGGGGUACAGGACUCUAAAAGACGUCAAUCCAUAAUUUCCUUCUCAACUGUGAAACUUAAUGAAUACAUUCAAGAAAAAGAAAAAAAGCGCCACCACACUUGUAUCAAACAGGAAAUUAUACUGUUUCAUUAAACCUGGAAG